UACAGGACAAAAAUGUAUUGCGUAAAUAAAUGUACGUGACAUUUCUCAUUUGCAAAUAAAGUGAAGAGUUAUUUGACUCAGGUUGCAAUAAACGUUUCAUUUAAAUGCAUAGAAAAGGGAAUAAAAUGUGAAAGUGUUCAAUGUUUAUAAACUUAUGAAAUCAUUGGCAUGACAAAAUUUUACAUAGACAUAUAUAAAUAAUUAAUUCAUUAAACUAUCGUGCUCGAUUCCAUACGCAAAUUCAUAGGUAAACAAUUCCAAAGGGAUAACUUUCAAACGGACAUUGUGCUCAAUUCUGUAGGUGAACAGUUUAAUAGGGAUCUCUCUCAAACGGACAUUGUGCUCAAUUCCAAAGGUGCACAGUUUUACAGGGAUUACUCUCAAACGGUCAUUGUGCUCAAUUCCAUAGGUGAAUAGUUUAACAGGGAUCACUCUCAAACGGACAUUUUGCUCAAUUCUGUAGGUGAAUAGUUUUACAGGGAUCACUCUCAAACGGACAUGUUGCUCAAUUCUGUAGGUGAAUAGUUUUACAGGGAUCACUCUCAAACGGACAUUGUGCUCAAUUCCAUAGGUGGACAGUCUAACAGGGAUCAUUCUCAAAAGGACAUUGUGCUCAAUUCUGUAGGUGAAUAGUUUUACAGGGAUCACUCUCAAACGGACAUUUUGCUCAAUUCCAUAGGUGAAUAGUUUUACAGGGAUCACUCUCAAACGGACAUUUUGCUCAAUUCUGUAGGUGCAUAGUUUUACAGGGAUCAUUCUCAAACAGACAUUGUUCUCAAUUCCAUAGGUGGAGAGUCUAACAGGGAUCACUCUCAAAAGGACAUUUUGCUCAAUUCCAUAGGUGAAUAGUUUUACAGGGAUCACUCUCAAACGGACAUUUUGCUCAAUUCUGUAGGUGAAUAGUUUUACAGGGAUCACUCUCAAACGGACAUUGUGCUCAAUUCCAUAGGUGGACAGUCUAACAGGGAUCACUCUCAAACGGACAGUGUGCUCAAUUCCAUAGGUGAACAGUUUAACAGGGAUCACUCUCAAACUGACAUUGUGCUCAAUUCCAUAGGUGGACAGUCUAACAGGGAUCACUCUCAAACGGACAAUGUGCUCAAUUUCAUAGGUGAAUAGUUUAACAGGGAUCACUCUCAAACGGACAGUGUGCUCAAUUCUGUAGGUGAACAGUUAACAGUGAUCACUUUCAAACGAAUACUGUGCUCUUUUCCAUAGCUGAACAGUUUAACAGCGAUCACUCUCAAACUGACAUUGUGCUCAAUUCCAUAGGUGAACAGUCUUACAGGGAUCACUCUCAAACGGACAGUGUGCUCAAUUCUGUAGGUAAGCUAUUUAACAGGGAUCACUCGCAAACGGACAUUGUGCUCAAUUCCAUAGGUGAUCAGUUUAACAGAGAUCAAUUUCAAACGCACACUGUGCUCCAUUCCAUAGGUAAACAAAGCUCAGCAGUAUGCGCGGAUCAAAUAACUAUCUCUGUUCAAGCAAAGUAUCCGUGCUGUGUAUUUUCUUACUCUGUGUAUUUGUAUUGACUACCAUUUACAAUCAAGAAGAACCUAAUAACAUGUUUAGGAAAACCUUUGAAUAUGUAGUACAUGGAAAAAAUGUGAAAGAUGAACAAAAUGUAAGUGAUCCAUUGUAUGGUAAACAAGUAAGCAUUUCAGAAAACGUUCGAAUUUUCGAUAUCACAAGCAAUGCAAUUGCUUAUCUUAAUAAUUGUACAAAGGCUAUCCAACGGAUUCCGGAUGGGUCAACAACUCCUAUAUGCGUCCACAAGGGAGACUUAUUUGUGUCCGCGGAAAUUGUGAAAACCGGCUGGUGGGAAAGAGGAAACAUACAGCGAGUAUGGGAUUUAAUGAGCCCAAUAAAAGAUAUGCAGUUUCUUGAUCUUGGGUGUAAUAUUGGUGCGUUUACAAUUCCGAUAGCUAAGCUUGGCAGACGUGUAACAGCAGUGGAUGCAAACAGGGUGAAUCUAAAAAUGCUAGCAACAUCAUUGCGACUUGGUGGACUGGAUGAAAAUGUUACUUUGAUUUGGAACGGGUUGUCAAAUAAAACAAUGUACGUGGACCUUAUCACUGGGAUUGAAAACGUCGGCGGAGCACAUAUAGUGUCGUCAACAGAACAGGAUCCGGAAGAUCGCGAAAACACCGUUAUAACAGUACGUUUGGAUGACAUGCUUAGCAUGUUUGAAGAAAAGCCCUUUUUCGUUAAAAUGGACAUCGAAAUGACCGAGGCUUUAGCCCUGCAAGGGGCUGUUGCUUUCUUCAAGGAGUUCGACGUUCGUUAUGUUUUGAUGGAAUGGAUGCAUUUCAAGACGAAACACCCUAACGAUGGAGAGUUUAUCAUAGAUUUCUUAAAUCAACGCUCAUUUACCCCCUUUGUGCCACAGGACAUGAAAGGUCUUCAACUGAAAGACGCGCACACCACUUGGCCAGUAGAGGUGUUGUGGAUGAGAAUAAUUAAAAGCGGUACAGGCUGAUAAACAAAGAUUUAACUGUGAACUCAUUUUAUCCACAGGUAUACUUGUUUUACCCGCAGUGCAUGCCUUUCUUCACAUUCCAGAAUAAUAUGCAAAAUGCUGUAGUUCCUUAGACCCAAUUGAGUUUACGGUCAAUGGGCCUUAAGUGUGUAAAUAUAUGAAACAUACACUGAUUAAUAUCAAUGAGUAUGCAUAUAAAUAAUCAGUUAAAAAGUAUACAACAACAUUUUUGUUAACCUUUUGUUAUAAUAGUUACUAAACGUAAUCAAGGUGGAGAACCCACGUGACUUUUUGUUAAAGUGCACGACAAAAGAUGUAAACAAAAGGUCUUGAUUCGGGUAGGUUUUUUAAGAUAACUUUCUUAAUACUGGGAGGAUUUUCGUCAUAUUAAGACCACAUACCCCGCAAUAAAGAGCACUUUCCACGGUUAUAAAGAACUUUUUCUAAGAUCUUAAACUUUUUCUGAAAAGUUUGACCAACUGAUUUCUUAGAGUUGAUAAUUUGUUGUUUACAUUUUUUGACGUGCACUUUACCAUUAUGUCACGUGGGUUCUCCACUAUGGUUUUACCAGAGUUAUUGAAGUUAUACACAACGAGCGUGAAGCGCGAGUAAUUUAUAAUAUUUUUAUGUUCUUAACGAAGGUUGUGUUUGUUGUAAAUGUUUUAAUGUACCUAUUAUAAAUCAAGCAAAAACAUUUUACGUCCUGUGCAUUUGAAAGAAAUCAGAAGUCUUAAAUUUUGACGAAAUCAGAAGUUUUCUCGUUCCAAUGUCUCGAAAUAAUUUUAGUUCCCUAUAUCAAGAUAAGGCUUAGCUUACCAGUUUCAUUUUGUUAUAACAAGUGUUAUGUUUAAGCUAUUGUAAUAUUUUGGACUUAAAAAAGAAAAUAGCUUAAUGAUAAUCAAAAUUAACUAUUUUUGCAUUAUGUGAAAUUAAGAUUAAAUUUAUUAAGCAGGUGUAUCUUGUAGGAUAAGAUGCCUUAUCUUGUUAAGCUUAGGUACUUUAGGAGAAAUUAAGGUCGUCGGUCGUAUUUAAUAUAGUUAUUGUCCUUAUCAUAUUAUUAUCGUUAGACAUGUCUUAGUGAUUCAAUUCAGACUAUAGGCCAAUUUAUUUUACCAUCCAAUCAGAACGCUCAGAUUUUACUUUUGAAGUAUUAAGUUAAAUACUAGUUGGUUAUUUAAUAUCGCCCAUGGUGUCAUUAUAAAUCGUACCAGUUUGAACAUGUUCUCGCGUGUAUGUUCAUUUCGGUGAAAUCAUUCACAUUGCUAAACGUUCAUGUUUGGUCUUUAACGUGUGUGGACAUAGAAUGUUUACUGAAAGUUGAUCAUUUCUGUGCAAGUUUUAAUUUGAACCACAGGAAGUUCAACAUUUUAGAAUGGACUGUUUAAAGCUAUCCUUGGGCAAAAUGGACGGUGAAUAUUAGCUUUUGAGUACCUGGUACAAUCCCAUUCACCUCCAAGCAUAACUGCAACGAGCUGAAAAUGGUAUUGUUGUUAAUAUGAAAUACGCAAGCAAUACGUCAUUGGUGAUAUUGGUGCACACAGCCCUUUACAGUCCAUUUUAAAACGUUGAACUUUCAGUGGUACACAACUUACCACUCUCAGGCUUUCUUGUUGUUGUUUUUUCUUAAGCACAGUUCUCCUAGCACAUUAUGAUAAGAUCUCUUAACAGCAAGUCCAUUAUGCCCACAGAGAGCCUUUCAUAGUCCAAUAUAAAACGUUGAAUUUCCUGUAUUACAAAUCUUAUCACUCUCAGGCUUUUCUUAUAAUAUCCGAGGCACUUUUCUAAUAGACUAUUAUGAUAAGAUUUCCUAACACCCGGUCAAUUAUGCCCAGACUUAGCCCUUCACAGUCCAUUUUAAAACGUUGAAUUUCCAGUGGUACGAAACGUACCAGGUUUUCUUUUAUUAUUUUACAAGCACUGUUCUAUAGCACAUAAUGAUAACCACUCUAAGCGUCAGCAUUCAUUUAUACCGUCAGCUAUAGUUUUGGACUUAGAAAACUAAAUCUUUAAACUAUUAAAUACAUCUAUUAUUUAACUAAUUUUGAGAACAUAAGUAUACCUAUUUGUCAAAUUAUACAAGGCCUGUGUUCACAUAACAUCUUAAAUCAUUUUCUUACUUAAUGCUCUUACUUUCACUAAUGAUAUAUAACAACUUAAUGAUGUCUGUAAAUACUUAAAUUGCAAUGAUUCGAUCUUAAAGACAUACUUUUAUGUUAAACACCCGUAUACUUUUCUUUUGUCUGGCUAUGAACAUUUAAGGAGGUUGACUUAAGAAAUGACUUAUUAUAAGAUGAUUUAUGAAUACCGGCCAAGACUAUGUAUCGUAUCUUACCAGAUCAGCCCCUGUAUAAUCAGUUAGUUUCAUAAUAACCUUUAAAGAUGUACUCUUACUCCCACCUAAAAUUUACCACUAUCAAUAUAAUUGUUUUAAUAUUCCAAAAAGGAUGAAUAAAAGUUGAAAACAAUGGUUCUUAUGAAGGAAACCGAGUUUAAUUUGAAAGAAAGGUGCAGAAAACAUGAUAUUUCUACUUUAUGAGACUAUAGUAGAUCACAGUAAAUCUUUAAGUAUUCACCAGUCAUUUAUUAUUUCUGCAUUUUCAGUUAUUAAAAACACGGUUACAAUCGUGUUAUCAGUAAUUAAUAUGUUCCAAAAAAAUGUAUUAUUUAGUAAGUAGUUAAAGAUGCAUCACUCAAAAUUUAUGUUUGUUAUACAUAUGCAUGUAUUGAUUUUGAAUAAGAGUGUCACUUUAAAGUAUGCUUUUCUGUGCCUUAAAGGCCGGGGUGCCUGACCCCAAAUAUCCUACCGGACAGCAAUUAAGCCUAUUUGGCAGAGGAGGCGUGGUUAAUCGGGUUUAUGAGGUCAGCAGUUUUGAUUGUAAACAUUCACAUGGCUUAUGGUGUUAUAUCAUUCGGAUAGAGUGGUACAUAAGAAUAUGUCCAUUGGUUUCUCAUUUGAUAUUAGAUAAGUAAAGUUUCAUAUACCAUAACCAAUACUUCUACGAAUUGUGUCACAAUAAGCCCUUUGAUAGUAUAUAUCAACCCAAAUAAUGGAUGUGUCCCGCCAUAUGGCAGUUAUAACCUCAUACUAUGAUAGUAAACCUGUAGUAAACAGGAAUAGGUAGUGAAAUUCAGUUGGCUGUUAAAGGAUCAUUAACUUUCAAGAUCUGUCAAUCAACAUUGCUGGGAAAUUUGAAUUUGUUUGACAGUUAUAAAAAAUAUAUAUUUGAAACUA